AUGGCAACACUCGAAGGCAAUAAAGCCAAAUUCGCGGAGGCCGAUGCAGCUUUGGAUGUCCUGGAAGGAAUGACAGGACAGAUGCUUACAAACGCUAAUGAUAUUAACAAAGAAUUAAAAGAACAAAAUGAAAUGAUCGACAAAACAAACGAUAAAAUGGAUGUAGCCGAUGCAGGCAUCGUCGAUGCUACUAAGAAAGUCGAAAAAAUCGAGGCAGGAAGUAUUAGCUGGAUUCCAAUCAUUAUCUUAGUCGUAGAAAUCAUUUUGAUCAUUGCAAUUUUCGUUAUUCCUGCUAAGGAGAAAAAGUAA